AUGGCCACGGAUAAGCGACUGAAGCAGUUAGAAAGGGAUUGUCACCUUGCUAAGAUUGGAGAGGCGGAGUGCGAGAACCGCAGUGCCGUGGAAGAUGCUUGGAAGGAUUUUACCAAGCUAUCUGAUCAGUACAGAGACGUAAGAAGAAAGUGGCGAUUAUUACACAACGCUAUGCUAUCUGAUCUUUCAGGCCGUCAAGCAAUGUCGUGA